GCUGUGUUGCGCGACGGAUCCGUCCGGCGACACCGCGCCACCUGUAUUGUUUUGGCCGUGAUGACCACGGCAACCUUCGUCUCUAGAGAUAUGUCAUUGGACGAUGAAUUCAGGACCGAUCCUUUCUUUCCACCGGAAACUGCCGGCGCUGGUCAUCCCUCGACAGCGGUCUGGUCAGAUGGGAAAGUAGGCCUGGCAGGACUGUUUUCCAUGCAGUGGGCUAAGCAAGAGCUGCAUCUCACGGCGGUGGAAUAUUUGGGGUUGGCUCUGCUGCUGGGAUACGUCGUGGUAUACAUCGCCGGGCGGAGACGGAACUACCACAUCGCUCACGGGUUCAUCAUGGGUGUCCAUGGGUUGUUCUGUAGCCGAUUCUUGGAGGCGGGCCCUGCGUCAGAGAUGCCGCCCGUCGACCGACGGCAGCUCCUGGCGCGCGACAGCUGUAGCACCUUCCUCUACUACGCCACCGGAAGCCGGCGGUGCUUGGGCGUGCAAGUCACGAUCGACCUCGCCAGCCGUCACGACCUGUUCAUGGUCCUGUGGUCCUUCUUCAGCCCGGCCAUGGGCGACCGGGUCACCGUGGAGGUGGCCUUCGACGACGAGGACAUCGAGCCCGUGAUUUUCGCCGUUGCCCGCAAACGCGAAGUGAAGAAGCUCCUGCAGGAGGUGCCUCACCUUCAGGACUACGCGGGGGUCACCCGAGCGCCCUCCCUUCUCCCCCCGUCGCUCGUCUGCCUGUCGGAGAGCUCCGCUCUCCUGGAACCGAUGCUGCCGCCCUCGGUCGUCAAGAGUCUCAGCGAGAAUGGUAGCCUUCUCGAGCUCAUGUACGUGACCGACCAGAACGAUCAGCCGAUAUUGGGGCAAGAGCACACGCCCAAGAAGGUGCUGCGGUAUACGUUCCGGUUGCCGGUGGGAUCGGCGAGGGUUGGCGACGGGAGUGACGGCGCGACGGAGAUGAUGGAGCUGGCGCUUUCCUACAUCCAGCUCUUGAACAAGUUUAAGAUGUCCGCGGGCACGAAAAAGAAGGCUUUGGAACGGCGGGAAGCCGUGCUGAAACGCAAGUCUACGAUAACGCACGCCCAGAGGCAGGAGCGCUUCCAGAUGCUGAAGAACGAGCGGCUGCAGAGAGAACGGGAAGAGUACGAGGGCCUCACGCCAGAGCAGAAGCGGCGGCGAGACUUGAGGGACGAAAAAAAGGCCAAGAAGGUUGCCUCCAGCAAACGGCACAAGGCACAUGAGAGUGACCAAGGCAUAGGUGAAUAUUGAGAAAUUUGCGUGGCGGCCGCUGGACCAAGAGGGAAAGAGAGGAGGACCACAAGGGAGAGAUGUGGCUUCAUGGGUCCUUCGUGCUGAGCGACAAGACAGUAUUGCCAAAGGGUGUGCGUUGGUUGAGGUUGUUGGAUGGUACAUGUAGUUUGAAAGUCAAAAACGCCAAAAUGUGAUCACGCCAUGCAUAGACUAUGCGAACGACGAAACAUCGCUGGUAUAAUUCGAAUGACAUAGUAGCAUAAAGCGCACCAGAGUAUCUCCUUGCGAGUCACGCCUCCUUUGUUACUGUCAAUGCCUUCCUUCUUGAAACAAGAACGCACUGCGUCAGGGUGAGCGAACACCACAAGCUCCACGCCGUCUCCCAAUCUCGCCCUAUAGCUCCUAUCGAAAAGGAGGCGGCCAAACACAGAGUGCAGCGUGCGAACUUACGCGUAAACCCUCACCCAAAGAACAAGCUUCUACGAUGCUGCACACGUCAUGGGUUUUGGGGACGGAGGAGGGGGCUACGAUUGUAGCGUGAACGUUGAUAAGAGCAUUUUUCCUUCCAGAUAUAGCUCUUGCAAAGGUACGUAGCUGUUCUGCUAAAUAAGCGCCUGGUGUACUUGUGAAAGCAAACAGCUUUUCGGCAUGGGAUACCCGAUCCCAACGCGACACUAUACCACGCCUCAGAUGAGUUUGUCACACGAAAACUCUUCCGGUUGACCUGUAGAUGAACAAGUGCCGGGUGCGGUACAUUUCGUCAAACCUAAACGGACGGGUGUUGCUGCCAGCACGAUCACAUGAUCGCAUGAACACAGCUGGUCGGAGGCACCGUACCAUUCACAACUCACCAGCUCCUGCACGACUACCUACCGUCGUCAGUCUACCCCAUUCCAACUAUCACGCAGCGCUUUUGGUGCUUUAGUUGACCAUAAUUUUAACUUCUCCGUCCAAGCGGGUGUGGUUCCCUGUAUACAUUGUCGACAUACACGCUCGGACGUGUACAGCAGUAGGCAUGGCGGCAACACGUGUACCACGCUUCGGCACUUAUGGUACCGAAGGGCAAGCCUCACUGGCAGCCCCAAGCGACUGCUCCAGCAAGCUCCCCUCCUGUACCAGCGGCCGCGACGCCUCUUGUGGCGAAAACGGUGGGGGUCCGUGAUGGUUGCCGUUACUCGCCACACUCGCCGCCCCAACCGACUGCUCCGCCAACCUUCCUUCCUGUGCCAGCGGCGGCGGUGCCUCUUGUGGCGAAAGCGGUGGAGGUCCGUGAUGGUUACCGUUUCUACCCAAACUCUCUGGUCUCGGAGAAGAAGACGGCACGGCGCUAGUAGCACGGUGAGGCAAAGUACAGGGAAGUCUGCCUUCGUGCCCCCAGCGGCAGGGACGCCAGCGUAGAGCCCGUGCGAGGGUGGCGGCGUCCGUUCGAGUUGCGGUGCUGCCGCUCCCGCCGAAAGCUGUAGUUGCGCCGGGAGAGGCCCCGGCUGCAGUGGCUGCUGCAACAACGGCGGCAAUACUUGGGAUGGCUGGACCAACGGCGGAUUCACCAAACGCUCCGCCCCUGCCGCCUGCCUUUUUCUCAUCAUCUCGAUUUCCUGCUCCUCCCCUUCGCGCGAGAUGUCCCCCACCAUCGUGACCAGGCCAGUAGUGCACGGUGGCGGGAGCGGGGUCGGCACUUUCAGGGCCGCAAUGGAGGAACUCAAACAUCGUCGGCGUUUCCUCUUCCUCCACGUGUCCGCGGCCUCCACGGCCUUGCGCUGCAGCAGAGAGCACGCGAUGCCGAGCACUUGCCCGAGCUUGUGCGGGAGACGAGCCUGCUUGCUCGAGAGCAGCCGCCACGUGUCCUCGCCCAAGCUCGACUCUCCCGGGCUUUGCAACAACAGGUCCACGAGGGACUGGGCACUGCACCUGAACGAGACGUCGACCGAACCGCUCCGUAUCAGCAUGUCCACCUUGUGCACGAUUACAGCGGCGAUUCCGCUCCAGCAUCCAGACCAAAGCCCCGCAAGGGCUAGCACGCCGAGAGCGAGUACCUCGUCCGGCGUAACAGCUACUGCCUCACCGUUGGCAUGGUUCGGAGGUGGCCCGGCUGCUGGUGGCUUGUGGGAGCGAAGUUCCCCCGACACUGAAAUGGAAGGCUGCUGCUGCUGGAGCUGGUCGAUGGGCGGUGGUGGGGGUUGCUCGAGCUGCGGUCGUUGUUGCUACUGUAUGGUUAGGUUUUGUGGAUUUGUCACACCGGAGCCAUCGUUUCGUUGGAGCACUCCCCUCCGCAAGCUCGCUCAAUGUGAAGUUCAAGGAAGAUCCACCAGUACAGGUUCAACAAAAAGAAGGGCGGAGAGUCUCCCACCACGAAGUGGGUCCGAAGUUGGCUGGCUUCAAGCCUGCUGCGUGCUCGGUGC